AUGGAGUUUGAUAAACUCAAAAUAACCGAUCGGAAAAUCAUUGUCGGUAUCGACUUCGGCACCACCUAUUCUGGAGUUGCCUGGGCUGAAAGUCGUAACCCGUCAAGGCGAACUUGCAUCACACAAUGGCCUGUAUCCAGCGCCAACAAGGAGGGAGAGUCCAGCGACAAGGUCCCCUCGAAACUCCGAUACAACGGGAACAAGAUUGAAUGGGGAUUUUCCAUUCCCAUUACUGCACCUCAAGAUGAAGUCGUUGAGUGGUUCAAGCUAGAUCUAGAUCCUUCACUGCAGGCCAUGGGCCAGACAUUGACCUCUGAUGGCGCAAGAGGCGGCCGAAACGUAGACAAACUUGUCACCGACUUUAUUUCCCAGCUCGGCGACCAUCUACUGUAUACCUUGCGUGAAAAGCUCGGUGACAGCAUUGUCAACAGCACUCCUCUAGAAUUUGUCGUCACCGUUCCCGCUAUUUGGAGCGAUUUGGCCAAAGACAAGACCAAGAAGGCAUGCCAGAAGGCAUCGGGACUUUCGACUUCCCAGCAGCAGGUUCACUUAGUCUCCGAACCAGAGGCUGCUGCAAUCUACGCUCUCCAUGGCCUUGAUCCUCAUGGACUCAAAGUCGGCGACACCAUCGUUGUUGUCGAUGCUGGUGGUGGUACUGUCGAUCUGAUUUCGUACACGAUCACGGGUCUCAAGCCUAUCCUUGAGGUUCAGGAGGCAGCACCUGGCUCAGGAGCAUUAUGCGGCUCAACAUUUCUCAAUAUGCGCUUCGCCAAGUACCUUCGAGGGAAGCUGGGCAAAGAAGAGGGGUUCGACGAAGAAGUCAUGGCAGAGGCCAUGGAGGUUUUUGAGAAAAAGGUCAAACGCCAGUUUGCCUUGAACGUUGCGCCGGAUGAGACUUACAACAUCCCGGUGGCAGGUUUGGCAAACAACAAGACCCUUGGCAUCAGCCGUGGUCGGUUCAGCCUGAAAGCGUCAGACCUUCAAACCAUCUUCGAACCUGUCGUGCUUGAGGUAAUCCGAUUGGUAAAGGAUCAGAUCACUGCUAGUAACGUGCCUGUCCGCGCCAUUCUCCUAGUUGGUGGUUUCGGAGCCUCCAGCUAUCUCAAAGAGCGACUUCGAAUCGCGGUCGACAAGUCUGUACAGAUUAUGCAGCCCCCUAAUGCCUGGCAAGCUAUCGUCCAAGGUGCUGUGCUCAAAGGACUUGCCAACGCUGCUCCAGACCUUGCGGUGGUUCGAGUGAAGAAUCGUAAGGCCAGAAAGCACUACGGGACGGAAUGGCGUGCUCGCUGGGAUGACAAGCUUCAUGGGCAUCUCAAGAGCAAAAGAACAUGGUGUGGUCUCGAUGGAUGCUACAAAGUUCUUGCAAUGGAAUGGUUUAUCACUAGAGGUUCGGCCGUGUCUGAGAACGAGCCAUACUUCACUUCGUUUGUUUGGACUGGCCCUGUUAGCCAAGGUCGCAUCCGAAAGAUUAAAAUGACAAUCUACAACGACCAGUUGCCCCGAGAUGCACGUGUGGGUCGCGACGAGAACGUUAAAGUUCUUGCAAACAUUGAGGCAGAUGUCAGCCACAUCCCGGAGAAUCAGCUAGGUCGCCGACAAGGCUCAGACGAUCAGUGGUACUAUGAGCUUAAUUGCAAGAUCGAAGCUGUCUAUCUUUCGGCAUCUACCACCUACACGUUGCUCUACAAUAAUCAACGAUAUAACACGGUGACCUGUGAAUAUGUCUAA